UGGAGCAGGGGCACAGUGCUGUCUAUUUUUAGCAGGGGCACAGUGCUAUUUUAGCUGAAGCAAGGGCACACAGUACUAUCUAUUCUGAGUAAAUACAACUUUAUUUUAUAAUCUCCAGGGUUCAGAGCUAUAUCGAUUUCGGGAGGAUAGGGGUCACAGGUCUUAGUUUUUUGGGGAAGCAGCAACACCAAGCGUCUUCUGAAGGAUCCCAGGGAUAUCAGUUCUGGGUGGAGCGAGGUCAGUAGUUUCUAUUUGCAGUGGAGCAGCGGUAGUGCUGUGUUCUAUGUAAAGCGGUGGCAAGUUGUUAUUCGUAUUGGGUGGAGAAGAGCCACAUGGCUUUCUGUUCUAGUUGGAGCAGAGUCGUAGCUUCGUUUUAGGUGGAGCAGAGGCACAGAGCUGUUCAGUGUAGGUGGCGCAGAGUUCUGGUCAUUGUAGGUGGAGCAGAGGCACAGAGCUGUUUAGUGUAGGUGGAGCAGAGGCACAGAGCUGGUCGUUGUGGGUGGAGCAGAGCUUUAGCAGUCAGUUGAGAGGGCGGAGUCAGUCUUGUGUCGGGUGGAGUUGCUCCCCGCCCCUGUCAGUUGUGGGUGGAUCGGAAGCCUUGCUCUGAGCGGAGAUGGAAGAUCUCAGGGGGCGGGACAGCGGCCGAAAGAAACGCCCGGGGGCGGAACUAGAGCCUCUGUUAUCCGCAGACCAGGAAACCGGCUCAGCCCCGCCUUCUCCCUCUGCUGCCGCCCCUCCCACUACCGCCUCCCCGGCCGCCACUCCGCCCCCUUCACCGUCCUCCAAGAACGCCCCGCCCUCCGGUCCCGCCUCCACCCCGCUGCAGUGCUGCCCCCCCGCGCCCGACCGUCUCAUCGCACGCUGCUGUCAUGGAGGAGCCAAGAUGGCAGCCCUGGCCUACAACCUGGGCAAACGAGAGAUCAAUCAGCAUUUUAGUGUAAGGAACGCCAAGCUACUGGCCCUGAGCGCCGCCCUCCUCCUCACCGCCUGCCAUGCCGCCUCCCGGGCCUACAGCCGAGGAGAUGAUAUGUGCGGGUACCUUAUAUCCAGCGGCCGCUUCCUCGGGGAGAACGUAUGGCAGCCGUACAGCUGUAUGAUGCACAAUUACAAGUCCAGUGAUGGAAAAAGCUGCCUGGCCAAUCGGCGUAUAGCAUUCGUAGGAGAUUCCAGGAUCCGUCAGCUCUUCUACGCUUUUGUCAAGAUUCUCGAUCCGCACAUAAAAGAAGAAGGGAUCAAGCAUGAGAACAUUCCUUUCAGAGAGAAGAGUAAAAAUAUACAAGUGGAUUUCCUGUGGUAUCCGGAGGUGAACACGUCAAUGAAGCAGUAUUUCCUGUCUCUGAGCGAGAGUCCAGCAAAGCCGGAUGUGAUCGUAGCCGGAGCUGCCACGUGGUCCAUAAAAAUCAACAAUGGCAGCGCGGAGUCUCUAUCCCAGUACAAGGUGAACCUGACGGAUAUAGAACCAGUCCUAGGAAAACUGUCGGAGAGUAGCGAUGUUUAUUGGGUCUUACAAGAUCCCGUUAAUGAACAGUUACUAAGUGAAAGUCGUAAAAUCAUUACCAAUGUGAGAAUCGAUGCCUAUAAUGAAGCUGCAGCUACGAUAUUAAAUGGUACCAAUAGGAGAUCAAGAUCAAAAGUCAAAAUCUUCAGUGUCUCCCGGCUGAUCUCGGAGGAGACUAUAGAGCAAUCGUUGGAUGGAUUGCAUGUUCCCGAGACCAGCAGAAAUAUAGAUGCCAUGAUCCUCAUGAACGCCUACUGCAACAGGAUAAUGAAGCCCAUCGAUGGCUCCUGCUGCCAGCCCACUCCCCCCCUCACCAUCAUCCAGAAGUUGGCAGUUUGUUUCUUCACGCUGUCUAUCGUGGCUUACGUGGCGAUCACCGUGAUCCAGCGGAGCAAGCACCGGAAGAGCAGGAUGUGUACAGACUUAGAGAGCGGGGAGGAGAAGAAGCCAGCCACCGCCACUCCUGCCGCCUCCACCCUGGAAGUCGCCCUCUUCUCCGUCUGCAAACUGGGCCUGAUCAUGGGUUACUUCUAUUUCUGUGACCGAGCGAACCUGUACAUGAAGGAGAACAAGUUCUAUACCCACUCUUCCUUCUUCAUCCCCAUCAUCUAUAUCCUCGUGCUGGGAGUCUUCUACAACGAAAGUACAAAGGAGACGAAGCUCCUGAACAGAGAGCAGACCGAUGAGUGGAAGGGUUGGAUGCAGCUUGUGAUCCUCAUCUACCACAUCUCCGGAGCCAGCUCUUUUCUACCAGUGUACAUGCACGUCCGGGUCCUGGUCGCUGCUUAUUUGUUCCAGACGGGCUAUGGGCACUUCUCCUACUUCUGGCUGAAGGGGGACUAUGGACUCUAUCGGGUUGCUCAGGUCCUUUUCCGCCUCAACUUCCUGGUGGUGGUCCUCUGUAUAGUGAUGGAUCGGCCGUACCAGUUCUACUAUUUUGUUCCUCUGGUGACAUUCUGGUUCAUGGUGAUUUACGCCUCUAUGGCAUUGUGGCCACAGAUCACUCAGAAGAAGGCGAAUGCAAACUACCUGUGGCAUGUCGGCCUCAUGUUAAAGCUCAGCUUCCUGCUGCUAUGUAUAUAUGUUCUGUCAUGCUCUCAGGGUUCUUUCGAGAAUAUAUUCUCCCUCUGGCCAGUGUCCAAACUGUUUGAGCUGAACGGCAGAGUCUACGAAUGGUGGUUUAGAUGGUCAUUGGAUCGAUAUGCUGUGUUUUAUGGUAUGCUAUUCGCCUUCACCUACCUGGCUUUACAAAAGCAGCAAGUCCUCCAUGAAGGAAAGGGGGAUCCUCUCUUCACCACCAGAGUGUCCAACGUCUUACUCUUCGCGUCCGUGGUCUCCUUUCUGACAUACUCCAUCUGGGCCAGCAGUUGUAAAAACAAGACGGAUUGCAAUGCGAUGCACCCCUCAGUCUCUGUUGUACAGAUUUUAGCCUUUGUCCUCAUUAGGAACAUUCCUGGGUACGCUCGCUCUGUGUACAGCUCCUUCUUUGCCUGGUUUGGUAAAAUAUCCUUAGAGCUCUUCAUCUGUCAGUACCACAUUUGGCUGGCGGCGGACACCAAAGGCAUCCUGGUCCUCAUCCCGGGCAGCCCGGCGCUCAACAUCAUCAUCAGCACCUUCAUCUUCGUGUGCGCGGCCCACGAAAUCUCCAACAUAACCAACGACCUGGCCCAGAUCUGCGUCCCGAAGGAAAGCUCGGCCCUGUUCAAGAGGUUACUGUGCAUCACCGCCUUCUUUUUCACCCUCCUAAUUUUAUCGUCAUUACAACAUUAACAAGACUUCACAGACCGUCUCUCCGCGGCCCCCCGACCCGGCGGCCCCCAGCAGGCACUUUUUACGGCUUGUUUUGUAAAUAGAUAAACUAUAGCGGGCCGAACCGGGGCAGAAUCUGCCCCCCCAGCCGCGUCCAUGAGCAGCACUGUACAGGACGACCGUUCCUUUUCUGAAAGCGACUUCCGUUCAUACUCCUGGGUAAAGCCGCACGCGGAGGAGGUCUUUGGGGGGGCCGGGGAGAUAAAAAAAAAAAGAGAAAAGAUACCUCCAAUUUGUUUUUUUUGUCACGGUAAUCAGAGGUCGAUCUUGUGAAGCACCACUGACCACUCAAGCUGUGAACAGUCGAUCUUUAAGUGAGAACGUUGAACGGAUACGAGUACAAAAAAUAUAGGACCUUUAAGGAAGUGUGCAUUAAGUGCAAUCCUUUGCGGGAAUAAGAUUUUAAUUUGUGUAAUUAAACAUAAUCGAAGUUCAUAAUUUAUUUCUUAGGGAAAAGAAAUAUCCAUAGUCGUAUUUAUUGUUUUGUUAUGAUGCCCUUGUCUGUUUAAAGGAGAGCUCCACUAUGCGUGGAUUGGUGAGGCGGGGGGGGGGGG